UAUUUCAAGAACUGCUGGUUCAUGUUAAAGAUUGUCCUUUUUUCUGUAUUAAACUAUGUUAUUUCAUGUAAAUGUGUUGAUUAAAUCCAGAAAUUAUUACAAUAGCUGCAAAGUUGAAGGUAUCAUCAAUUUCAGAUACUUACUGACAAUGGGGGCUUCAGAAGCUGCCCUACAACUUUUAUCCGGUAAGCUUUCAUGUCAAGUCCGAACAAGUUCAAUCUUGGCGAAGUCAAACUCUUUACUUUGCUAUGAACGUUGUUUUAAAGCUAGAAAUUGCGGGGACUGGAGGUAUAAGCAGAUAAAGGGUUUAAAAAAGCUGCAAGAUUGCUCGAGUUUACAUGCUUUUCGUGGCUUACAUAGUGUUUUCCGGGGUGAAAAGAUUCAUAAUCGGUCCAAUUUAUCGAUCUGCAAUUGCCAACAACCUGAAAGAGUCAGUGAGACAAUCAUUAAAGGUGGAAAUGGAAAGUCGAUGCACACUGUGCCUCCAAAGAUUCCAAAUCUUACUCCAGAUGAACAGAACAUGAAGCAGGAAAAUGGAGCUAGGCCUUUCAGUGAAGGUUUUAAAACUGCUGCCUCAGUUAAUAGUAGGCCUAGAACUAACACGGAGUCUAUUGAGGAUGAAGCGUGGCAUUUUUUGCGAGCUGCCAUGGUUUAUUACUGUGGCAGCCCAGUUGGAACUAUAGCUGCUAAUGAUCCAAGUGAAGCAACUAUGCUAAACUAUGAUCAAGUAUUUAUACGUGAUUUUAUACCUUCUGGGAUAGCAUUCCUUCUAAAAGGAGAAUAUGAUAUCGUGAGGAACUUUAUACUUCACACGCUUCAGUUGCAGAGUUGGGAGAAAACAAUGGAUUGCUAUAGUCCAGGUCAAGGACUUAUGCCUGCCAGCUUCAAAGUGCGUACAAUUCCACUUGAUAAUGACGAAUCUGCAACAGAAGAUGUACUGGAUCCAGACUUCGGCGAGGCAGCAAUUGGUCGAGUCGCACCUGUGGAUUCAGGAUUAUGGUGGAUUAUAUUGUUGCGAGCAUAUGGGAAAUGCUCUGGAGAUCUUUCUCUUCAGGAGAGGGUUGAUGUCCAAACUGGAAUGAAGAUGAUACUCAGGCUAUGUCUUGCAGAUGGCUUUGAUAUGUUUCCCACUUUGCUGGUGACUGACGGUUCUUGCAUGAUAGAUCGUCGCAUGGGAAUCCAUGGCCACCCUCUGGAAAUUCAGGCGUUAUAUUAUUCGGCUUUACUUGGUGCACGGGAGAUGCUUGCUCCAGAGGAGGCAUCAACAGACCUUGUUAGGGCACUUAACAAUCGUUUGCUAGCAUUGUCAUUUCAUAUUAGGGAAUACUACUGGAUCGAUGUGAAAAAAUUGAACGAGAUUUAUAGAUACAAAACGGAGGAAUAUUCAUACGAUGCAAUCAAUAAGUUUAAUAUAUAUCCAGAUCAAAUUCCUCCCUGGCUGGUGGAAUGGAUGCCUAGUGAAGGGGGUUAUCUUAUAGGAAACCUGCAGCCAGCUCACAUGGAUUUCCGGUUCUUUUCACUUGGGAACGUUUGGUCCAUCGUAAGCAGUCUUGCUAACAUAGAUCAGUCACAUGCCAUUUUAGAUCUUAUUGAAGCCAAAUGGGAGGACUUAGUAGCUGAUAUGCCACUGAAGAUAUGUUAUCCUGCUCUUGAGGGCCAGGAAUGGCGCAUUAUUACUGGUGGUGAUCCGAAAAACACGCCUUGGUCUUACCAUAAUGGAGGAUCCUGGCCAACGUUGCUCUGGCAGCUGACUGUGGCAUGCAUAAAAAUGAAGAGGCCUGAAAUUGCUGAAAAAGCAAUUAAGAUCGCGGAAAGACGCUUAUCCAGAGACAGGUGGCCUGAAUACUACGAUACAAGGCGAGGAGGGUUCAUCGGGAAACAGGCACGUCUCUUUCAGACUUGGACUAUUGCAGGAUAUCUAGUGGCAAAGCUGCUUAUUGCCAAUCCAGAGGCUGCAAAGAUGGUAAUCAAUGUGGAGGAUACAGAACUUCUAAGUGCUUUUUCAAGCAUACUGAGUUCAAACCCAAGACGAAAACGUUCACGAAAAGGAGUUAAACAGUCUUUCAUCAUAUGAUAGUUUUCUUUUUGUUACUUAAGCCUUAGUGUGUACUAUUGACCUGAGAUGAGCUCAAAUGGAAUGAUAUUGUCAGUGGAGAUUCAUAUAGUCGACUCCCAAAAUGCUCAAGAUUG